AUGUCCACUUCCACCACUGCUACUUUAAAGCGCCCAGUCUUGGAAAUGGCCAGCACGCUCGCUCCACAAGCUCACGACAUGGACAUUACUGAAGAUGAACUAUCUGACUGGGUGAUCUUGUCGCUCCCCCAGAUAGCCCUCGAUUCAACAGGUGCUGUUAUGAGCCUUGCUGCAAGUCUGUCAAUCUUUGCGAAUGCGAUCGAGCGCUUGGUAUGGGCAGCGUAAGCACACCUCAUUUUGUACGUUUUUCAAUCACUGUGCAUCCUUUUAGAUAACCAUCAUCCCCCAAAGAUGGGCUCUGGUCAAUGCUCUGGUAGGGUGUGCUUAUUUUAUGUAUAGCAAGCCUCGGCGCUGGAGCGCCCGCGUCUCUCAUAAGCUUGCUGUUCUGGCGGUUUGUUCAGGCUUUCGGAUGGGCUGGCGGAGUGUCAGUAGGUGCGGCCUUAUUGGCCAUAUCUACAGGGUCAAGCGGCGAGGUAGUGCUAUGUGCUUGUCUUUUGGGCGUCGCACUGUCACACAUUACGGGAGGCACAGCAGCCCACUACAGGUCAUAACGCAGCCUGCACUUCUCGCUUGGAGUAUGGGGCAUUGUCAAGAUGGUUCUCAUUCUUCCAGAGAAAAGCCAUUCGCAUUCGGGAGGCAUACUUGAGCUGACGUCAGGAUUCAACGUUGUGUGGAUCAAUCCUCUCGAUAUUUUCUCGUGGAUUCGUAGUUCAAUAAUCAUGGCCAUUACACCAGCAAUACAUCAGCAAUGGUGACGGAGUAUGGUAUGUCGAGAUUAUCCCGGCAUUUCCUAGACUAACUUGUUCACCACUUUUGACGGUCCCAUUUGCCUACACGAUCGUGAGUCCCGCUAUCCAAUUCACAUUAUCUGGUCCGUCAACAUCUGAUUCCAGGGUGCUUGAUAGCACGUCUCUAACGAGGCAUUGAUCGGUUCUUGCUUCCUCCCCAGUGGACUCAGAAACUUCAGCGUACAUAUUCUACCAUUGGA